AAUCGCGAUCCACGGUAUUACUGAAGUUGGAGUACGCGCCAAAAUAUUUCGAUCCUUGAAAUUCAUUAUAAACAUUAUUCGAGCGCCGCAAAUAAUGGAGUUUUCGCGUCGAAGCCGCCUGAAGCCGGAAUCGGAAUUUAGCUUCGACUCGGUAUUGGAAUGGUUGAUACCACAUAAUGUGUGCUUAUAUGUGAUUCCGCCAAUGGUGGAUUUGUCUAUUUCCGAGUUUGAAUCAUUGGCACUGGAACGUCUGAAGGUGUUGCGGAUCCUGGAGCAAGUAACGGCUAAAAACAUCAAACUGCUAUCGGAGGAAGGACGAGAGGCAAUUUUCAAUGAGCUCAAACAUGAGGGACUGAAAUCGUACGUUAGGCUAUGCGAGGGUAAUCACAGUAAGGAACAGGACAUAUCCGCAAGGCGGAGGGAUUAUCUUUCGCAUUUCAUCCUACGGUUCGCGUACUGCCGUUCGGAAGAACUGAGAAGAUGGUUCAUCACACGAGAAAUGGAAUUAUUUCGUCUCAAAUUUGCUGGUUUGUCGGCGCUAGAUGUGAAGGAGUUUGUGCAAAAGUACGACAUGAGUUACACACCUCUAACGUCGGAUGAAAAGAAUGAAAUUAAGGAUGGUCUGUACGAGAGUACGAUUCAUCACAGCAUUGUCCAGAUUGAAGCUAUGGAUUUUUAUAAAGUGCGUUUCACCGAUGUGCUGGACCUUGUGCGUGGUCGGAAGUGUUAUUUGAAGGGAGGAUUCGCGUACGUCUGUGCGAAUGAUUUCGUUUCGAUCAUUGCGUAUAAACACCAGCAGCUGCUAGAGGAUGGCCUACAAGCACAUCUAAAGCUGCUACCAGAGCUGGAGAACGAUGAGCGGUUCUCAUCCUUGCUUAAAGGACUUCAUACAUCGUACACAGGAAAAGAUUACACAAUCGCAAAAGCAGGAGCUGUCCCAGUUGAAAGUCUGGAUCAAUUGUCGAAAAAAUCGUAUCCUCUCUGUAUGCGCUACUGUCACGACACUCUUCGAGCGAAGCAUCACUUGAAACACGGUGGGCGAAUGCAAUAUGGUUUGUUCUUGAAAGGGAUUGGAGUAACCAUGGAAGAUUCACUUCGUUUCUGGAGGGAAGAGUUUACUCGGGGGAUUAUCCCACUCGAAAAGUUUGAGAAGGAAUAUGCGUACAACAUAAGGCACAAUUACGGAAAGGAAGGCUCACGGGUCAAUUAUACACCACAUUCUUGCAUGAAAAUAAUUACCUCAAGUGUUGGCCCACAGGACACACAUGGUUGUCCUUUCAAAAUCUGGGAGCCAUCCGUUUUGAAAACAAGAUUAAACUCAUAUGGGUUGAGCGUUGCGCAUUCGGAUGAAAUAGUUAGCUACGCCAGUAAAGGCCACUAUCAGAUAGCGUGCGCAAAGUAUUUUGAAAUUUCACAUCAGAAUAAAAUGGAGGAAGGAAUUAACCACCCCAACCAGUACUUUGAGAUCAGCCAGAUUACAAUGGGAGCUCGAGCUCCGAAGGCGAAGCCUACGAAUCGUCGCACAUUUACCAAUAGCAGCCAAAACUCAUCGAUGGUUGCUGGUAGUCAGGAUAUGUCGGUCCUGGACGCGGGCGAUGAUGACGAGUUGUGGCAGUUGAUGGAGAAUAAGGAAAACGAAUCGGAGGAAAGAGACAAGCAUAGAAGUCUCCUGAUAAGUAACAAACCAUCGACUCAAACACAAGCGACUUCCGAAUGGGGAGAUGACGAUUUCGAUGCUAGUUUGGUGGAAAUGGAUUGAUCUUUAAUUUUAUGUUGUUUUGAUUAUAUGAAAGUUAUUUGAGGAACAUCAAUGUCGAUCAUAGAAAGAAAGCACCUUGUCCAUAUUUUUGUUUCCAAAAUAUAUAUUUUUACUAGCUGACCCGACAAGCGUUCUACCAAAAAAAAAUUCUAGCGAAUAUUUGGUGAUAGAAUAAACAAUUGCUAAUAUAUUUUGAUCCAUUCGUUGAUGAAGUUCAAACGACUAUGUGGCGAUAAGAGCUAUGACAUACAGAGGAAUCGAGCGCUUUAGACGAUGACCGCCGACAACAAUAAAAAAAUCAAGUCAUUCAAACCAUCUUUCAAUGUAUUUCAUUUUCGCAACUGAUGUGUUGGAUGUAAAGUUGUUAUAUGUAAAGUAAAAAAUAAAUAAUGUUAAUAAGUAAAAUGUUAAG